ACAAUUGUGCGUCAUCCGAAAGCGCCGGUGGCCCGGACGGUCGCGCGGCCCGUGUCGCGCGAAAUCUUCGCUCGGCGGUGCUGUCUCACCGGUGAGGCCGUGAAGCCGGCGAGUCCCACACUCUGUCCUCUCGGCCUCCCGCCACAAUGGAAUACCUCAUCGGCAUCCAGGGCCCCGAUUAUGUCCUUGUCGCCUCCGACCAGGUGGCCGCUAGCAGUAUUGUCCAGAUGAAGGACGAUCAUGACAAGAUGUUUAAGAUGAGUGAAAAAAUCUUACUCCUAUGUGUUGGAGAGGCUGGAGACACUGUACAGUUUGCAGAAUAUAUUCAGAAAAAUGUGCAACUUUAUAAGAUGAGAAAUGGUUAUGAAUUGUCUCCCACAGCAGCAGCUAAUUUCACACGCCGAAACCUGGCUGAUUGUCUUCGGAGUCGGACCCCGUAUCAUGUCAACCUCCUCCUGGCUGGCUAUGAUGAGCAUGAGGGUCCAGCGCUCUACUACAUGGACUACCUGGCAGCCUUGGCCAAGGCCCCUUUUGCAGCCCAUGGCUAUGGUGCCUUCCUGACUCUCAGUAUCCUGGACCGAUACUAUACACCAACUAUCUCUCGUGAGAGGGCAGUGGAGCUUCUUAGGAAAUGUCUAGAGGAGCUCCAGAAACGCUUCAUCCUGAAUCUGCCAACCUUCAGUGUUCGAAUCAUUGACAAAAAUGGCAUCCAUGACCUGGACAACAUUUCCUUCCCUAAACAGGGCUCCUAACCUUAUGCCGACCCUUCCACUUGCCAGGGAACUUUUUUGACGGGCUCCUUCAUCUUUUUCUACGCUUUUGACGCAUUCUUGACAGAUGGUUAAUUCAGAAUAAAGCUGAAUCUGGAUAAAUUGAGCUCUCUGGUUUGAGUCUCAGUUUACCUAAUAUCACCUCAGGACAGAAAUGUCAAGAGAGGAUUAUCUGCUUUGGACUUUUUGCCAAGACUUUUUCCUUCUGCCCCUUUCCCUUCAUUAAUGCUCUAAUUGCCCUUUAGCAGCUGACAGCCCCACAUUUGUUUCACUGCCCGGCUUCCUUCCCGUCUGGCUUUUCAUGUAUCUUUGCUUGCUAAUGUCUCAUUCCUCUAAAGCAGUGGUUCUUUUUGCCCCUAAGCUCAACAUUUUAAAAAUUAAUUAAUUUGAGUAGGUGAUACAAACCGUAAAAAAUGCAAAUGAUACAAAGUAAAAUAUUACAUAGUAAAGAAAUUUACAAAGUAAAAGAAAUUACAAGGUAGUUACACAGUAAAAAAUACUUCCCCUUUCCCUGUAAUUUGAUCACCUGCUUCCCUUCCCAGGGGAAACUUAAGCUACUAAUUUCUUAUCUAUCCUUUAAGAUCUAAGUUGUUCCUAUAUGAAGCAUGCAGACGCAUGCACGCACACACACACAUAUCCCCUCUUAAAAAUAUUUUUUUAAAUGUUCGUAUUGUUUUUCUCAUUUAACACUAUACUGGAGAUUAUGCUAUAUCAGUGUGUGUGUAUAUAUAUAUAUAUAUAUAGCUACCUUAUUCUUGUUGACAGAUGUGUACUAUUCUAUUAAAUUGAUGUACUAUAGGCAGUUAACCAGA